UUCUUCUUUAUUUCCCUAAUUGUUUAAAAAUGUUUUUCUACCCCUAAUUCUACGCUGCAUCUGUAUUUCGUUUCUAGAUAUUUCUCUACCUUGUGUAUAUAUAUAUAUGAGUUAUUAUAUGUAAUUCAUGCAAGCUUAUUUAACCAGCACGCGCAGCUAGCGUCGAAGAGGCUCGGGGUGAACCUGCGACCGGAAAUGUAGUUAGGUAGAGGAGAGAGAGAGCUUAUUGUUAUUAUUUAUCUUUUCUCGAAAAAAAUAUUAUAUUAUAAGAUGUUGCCAUGUUAGGCGUGGCGACAACAGGAGUGGACACAGUGACCGGUAGCAAAACAGAGAUGUGUCUUAGACUAGCUGGUUAUCUUUACGUACCAGGACUUGAGUGGCGAGCCUCGUUCAUGCUGGCGGUUUAUUAGCAAAACAGAAAUAUUAUUUAAUGUGUAUUAGCCCAAUUAUUAAUAUGUGUGAAAACUCAUUUCUGGGGCUGGGGUAAGUGGCUUGAAGGCUCAUUCCUGGGGGGUAAGUGACUUAAAAACUCAUUCCUGGUGGAGCGGAAGUGUCCUGAAAGCUCAUUCCUGGGGGUUCUCUAUGGCUGGGACAGGUGAACUGCUGCUUCCCUCUUCACAUUAACACAGCCGAAAAGUGUGCCCACCAUUGAUCUGAAGUCAAGGCCCCUGUCAGGAGCAGGAGUCUCAUAUCGUUUCCCUUGGGCCUGGUCGUGUUAUGAAGAAGGAUGAAGCUGCGGCUGCACUUUGUGGUGGACCCCAUGGGCUGGUUCUGCAUCAGCACGGUGCUGUUCAUCUGGCUCUACAACACUAUUCUCAUCCCCAAGCUGGUGCUGCUGCCACACUAUUCUGAGGGACAUAUACCUGGAGCACUGGUUGUGUGUUACUACCUAGCGUCACUCUUGUGUGUGACUGCAUUGUUAAGGGCUUCUACGGCGGACCCAGGACGACUGGCUCAAGACCCAAAAAUCCCCUUAACAGAUCGUGAACAAUGGGAGCUGUGCAAUAAAUGCAACCUUAUGAGGCCAAAGAGGUCACACCACUGCAGCCGCUGUGGACACUGCGUUCGCCGCAUGGACCACCACUGUCCCUGGAUUAAUAACUGCGUUGGGGAAGAUAACCACUGGCUCUUUCUUCAGCUGUGUUUCUACACUCAGGUCCUGAGUCUCUACACUCUUGCAUUGGACUUCUGCCAGUACUACUACUUCCAGCCCCUAGUCUCAGUGGACAAGGAGUUAUUUACGGUGCGUCAUGAGUUGGCGCUCUUGCGUGUGUCCUGCUUCAUGGGAUUGAUUAUGUUCGGAGGAAUGAGCAGUCUUUUCUACUCACAGAUCGCUGGAAUCAUUUCUGACACAACCACUAUAGAGAAAAUGUCUCACUCCUCAGAACGGAUCAGUGCUCAUCGGUCGUGGCAGCAGUCGUUGGCUGAGGUGUUUGGCACGCGCUGGAAGCUCCUGUGGUUCCUGCCGUUCCGAAGCAGACGGCCACUGUACCCGAAUUCCUCCUCCCACUUGCGUGUGUAGCAAAGCAGAGGCUGGGGUUAAGGACGUGAGCCUUUCUACUUUACACUCCUGCUCUCCUCCACUCUAUUGCUUCACUGUGGCCUAACACUUCCCAGGUACCAAAACUGCAGUCUUCUUCAGGUUUUGCUCUGUCAAUGAACUUGACAACAUUUGGAUAGUGUCAUAAUGAUUCCACUUACUCCACGGCCAAGCUCUUGUCAGACGGUAUAACUAGAGUGAGACUUUUGAUUUUUAGUAGUGUUGGGGUUUUUUUUUUUGUUUGUUUGUUUUUGUACUGAAAGCUUUGUAAACGGCAUGCGAAUGUGUGUAUUUAUGAUGUUAGGGAACAUCAGGGUACGACUGAAUUAAAGAGUUUGUUGUUUCCAGGGUAACACUCCGUGACUCAUUGAUUGGCAGGGUGCAGCUUAGUCUGAGAGGUUUUUAUCUCUGGCUUAUUGGGGUGGGUGGCUGAUGGCUCUAGAGGUGAGCCAUGACCUCUGGCAAGAGCUGAAGACAACCUCAACGCUAACUCCGUUCACAAACACUUAGCCGAGCAUUAUGUACCACAACACUGAAUCCUCAACUUGAAUACAGAUCAGGUGGCAGCACAAAGAUGCAUUCCGCUCAGUCACAGUUUUGCCUCGUACUUACUUUAUCACAUAAUUUGUGCCUUUUGGAAUAUGUCAGAAAAUUAAGGUACUUUUUUAUAUAUAUUUUGCCAAAUUCUAUAAAAUCGUACAUGGUUUGUAAGGGAAGCAGUUAUCUUAAUAAUUUUUAAAGAAUUUUAAGCUUUUAUUAUUUGUAUGCUUGUUUUUUUUUUUAUAUAUAUUAAUCCUGUGACCAAAAGUGACCAAGUUUCGACCAAAUGCACCACUGGUUUUUAGUAAUACUACUAUAAAACUUUACUACAGAUAUAAACACACUCCAUGGUUUUAAGAAGGGAACGUUUGUACUAGAAUGUAAGAAUGUUUUGUUUUGGAAUUGUUUUAUGUGAAGUGCCUCCUUAACUCUGCUUGUUUUCAUUCCAUUCUGUCUCCCAUUUUUAUUUAUUUUUUUUAUGAAGGCUGGUGUGGAAAAACUUUUUGGUGAAUACAGAUGCAAUCAGCUCCGGAUUUAUUGGCCAUUCCCUCAAGACUCUAGGGUUAAGACCCUAGCCAAUGUGCAAACAGUAUUGUAUAAAAUAAACAAAGAAUGCACCACAGUUUUCCAUGAAAACUUCUGAUGAAAGUACUUACCUUUCUUCCAUGCACAUUUUCAUAAGAACAAAAUUCCAGGAGGUUCAGAGAUGACCAUCAAAAGAGCUUUCAAAAAUAUUAUAAAUAUACACCCAGAUCAAUAUAGGGAAAAAAAGUGAUCUGAAUUGAAUAGGGCAUCUACAUCUGCCAGUGUUCAAAUUAUGAAUGAGUUUGAAAUGUCCAGCAUCCCUCUACAUGUCUCCAUGCAUGCUGUACAUUACAGGAGCAAUUUCACCAGAUAUUAAUUUUAGGGGUGAUCUUUAUUUACAUUGGGGUGCCAAUAAUUAUGGAGCUGACUGUAGUCUUACCUAUUAUGGGAAUUGUAAUGAAAGUUUUGAUUUUAUAGUUAUCAAUUAUUUAUCUCUCAAAUAUUUUAACACUUAAAUUUAAUUGUUAAUUCUGAGGGUUUGCUGGUUUUUUAGUAUCGGCUUUAAUGCUCUCAAAAUUAUUGUGAGAUUUAGGUCAACACAAAUGGUCUAAUUUAAAGCUCUCUGUUAUAGGAUGAUGUUUUUACUUUUAGGUAGUACUGUUGCCUUAUGUCUGAAUAAAUGUCUUAAUUUAUUUUGAAUAUUGUCUAAAAACUGAAAGCACAGUCUUAAUGAUAGUCAGCACUGAACUGAGCAUACAUCCAUCUCUCCUCAUGUUUGGAAUAGAUCAAUAACAUGAGUAUCUCCAGAAAGCUUUACAGAAGCUCUGUUCACACAUACAGUGAUUUUAUCACUGUAAAUCGCUGUACUACAAAGUCAACAAUUGGUGUUCCUCCUACUGCUUUAUACAAGCAUUACACUUGGCAACAAAUGCGACUAAAGUUAAAAAAUCUGAAUGGAGAGAUCGUUUCCUUACAAAAUUGACCAGUGUAUAUACACCGAUCAGGCAUAACAUUAUGAGCACUGAGAGGUGAAGUGAAUAACACUGAUUAUCUCCUCAUCAUGGCACCUGUUAUUGGGUGGGAUAUAUUAGACAGCAAGUGAACAUUUUGUCCUCAAAGUUGAUGUGUUAGAAGCAGGAAAAAUGGAUAAGUGUAAGGAUUUGAGUGAGUUUGACAAGGGCCAGAUUGUGAUGGCUAGACGACUGGAUCAGAGCAUCUCCAAAACUGCAGCUCUUGUGGGGUGUUCCCGGUCUGCAGUGGUCAGUAUCUAUCAAAAGUGGUCCAAGAAAGGAACAGUGGUGAACCGGCAACAGGGUCAUGGGCGGACAAGGCUCAUUGAUGCACGCGGGGAGUGAAGGCUGGACCAUGUUAUCUGAUCUGAAAGACAAGCUACUGUUGCUCAAAAUUGCUGAAGAAGUUAAUGCUGCUUCUGAUAGAAAGGUGUCAGAAUACACAGAGCAUGACGGGUCAGGGCUGAUUUGGCAGCAAAAACGGGGACCAACACAAUAUUAGGCGGGUGGUCAUAAUGUUAUGCGUGAUCAGUGUAUACGAGAUGAAGGAGAAGCAUUAUGUACUCUUCUCCAUGGAUCACAUUAUCUCUAUUGUCUUCUCCCAACGAUAGUCUCUGUACCAAGUACUCAUAUUUGCAUAAAAUGAAACUUUUCUCAAUUUCGUUUCUAGAAACGUUCAGAUCUAGUCUCCAGCAAUCGCAUGUCACCGUAAGUCAUCAGAUGUCAUGGAAAAGUAAUGAUCUCCAUUCACUCCAGUCGUUGUAAGUCUCUGUAGGUGUGAACGUAGCAUAACGGUUAACACGCAGAAUGGUGGAGCAGGCCAAAAACAGAUUUAAUGCAAUAUUAAUAUAGAUUAUGGACAGCCAGAACUACUUAUACAGAUUGAAAAUUGUAAUUAUGCUGUGUUUAUUGUACGCCUUUCAAUGUUGUAUAUGUGGGCAUUUUGAAUCAUGUUUAAUUUGUUUACCUACUGAAGCUUUAGGGCCUCUCAACACUUUUUUCUGCAUAUGCACACAAGGAGAGAUCUCAUGGUUUUGUUUAAAUCUGAAAUCUUUUAGUAGGAUUAAUUUGAGUAUUAAUUGUUUACCUCACAGUUUUAGGAUGAAUGUUUAUUAAUAGUCACCACCUUCAUGAAGAAUGAAAGUGCCAGUUUAGCUAAUGUGCUGUAAGCUGUAUGAAAAGGUUGAACAAACCAAAUGGAAGUCAGUUCCCAAAAUGUCCUGAUGGAGCACUAAGUGUCUUUUGUUCUAAUGUACUGCACUACUACAGACAUUUUAUGUUAAGUUUACAGUACCUUUUCUCAAUAAUAUAACAUUAUAAUAAG